AUGGUUCUCUCCACCGAGGAGGCGACGAAUUCCGUUAAGGCGGUAGCGUUUAGUUUUCUAACGGACGAAGAGGUACGGCAGAGCAGUCGCAUAAAGAUAACAAGUCCUAUUCUGCUCAAUUCUUUGCAACAUCCCGUGCCUGGUGGACUAUACGACGCCGCUUUGGGCCCGCUCGAUGACAAGUCUCUGUACGUGGAUAUGCGUGCGUCCCAAUUAGAGCUCAUUAUGAAAGGGGAUGUCAUCAGGGCCAAAAGUUUGGAUUCUAUUAAUUCAGAUGAAUCCAUACAUCCAAGUGAUGGUGAUGAGAGCCAGGGUUGUAAGGCUGAGCAACUGGGAGAAAAUUGGACCUCCCUUCAGUUUAGUGAGGCAAUGUCUAAUGCUCUCUCUGCUGAUGACACUAGAGCAAAUAUCAUCAGGGCAAUGGAAAGUGCAACAACCAAUGAUAUGUCCUUAGGUGGUGGGGAGACUACAGAUGAAGAAGAUAUUACAUCUGUUGAGAAUGCCAAAAGAGAUAAAAGAAAAAAAGGGAAAUUGUCUAACAAGCUCGCUGCACAAAAUAAACUUUCUGGGUCUUUGUUACCAUCACAGGUUAAAGAUAUUUUAGAGCUUUUGUGGGAAAAUGAGGCCAGGCUCUGCUCUUACAUUAGUGAUAUUCAAGAUCAGGGGUUUGGAAAGAAAGCUGGCCACUCAAUGUUCUUUCUAGAGAAUAUUUUUGUGCCACCAAUCAAAUUCCGUCCCCCAACUAAAGGAGGUGAUGAUUUGGCCUCUGGUGACAUGAAUGCAAGUCCAGGAUGUGAAUGGCUGGGAAAUGUUUCAGUAAUGGAACAUCCUCAAACUGUUUUGUUGACUAAGGUUUUACAAUGCAACAUAUCCUUGGGAGAUGCCCAUAUAAAUAAGUUAGAUCCCUCCAAAGUUCUGAGCCGGUGGAUGGAUCUUCAGCAAUCUGUUAAUGUGCUAUUCGACAAUAAGACUGCUUCUGGCCAGAGAGAUGUGGCCACUGGCAUUUGUCAAUUGCUAGAGAAGAAGGAAGGCAUCUUUCGCCAGAAAAUGAUGGGAAAGAGGGUUAAUUUUGCAUGCCGCUCUGUCAUAUCUCCAGAUCCUUAUUUAGCAGUCAAUGAAAUUGGGAUACCCCCAUAUUUUGCUUUAAAAUUAUCAUAUCCUGAGUUUAUCGAAAAGUGUAUAGAUCACAACAUGUAUACUGGAUACACUGAUGAAAGAGUGACUCCUUGGAAUGUCAUGAAGUUAAGAAAUGCUAUCCUUAAUGGUCCUGAAUCCCAUCCCGGUGCUACACACUAUGCUGAUAAACAAGCAAUAGUCAAGCUUCCACCAAAAGGAAAGUUACUUUCUUUGAUAUCAAGGAAAUUGCCAUCAUCAAAAGGGGUUAUUUUGGAUCACGGGAAGAUAUCUGACCAGGAAUUUGAACGGAAAGUUGUGUAUCGCCACUUGAGGGAUGGUGAUGUUGUUCUUGUCAAUCGACAGCCAACACUCCAUAAACCUAGUAUAAUGGCUCAUAUAGUUCGCGUUCUGAAGGGGGAGAAAACUGUACGGAUGCACUAUGCAAACUGCAGUACUUAUAAUGCUGAUUUUGAUGGUGAUGAGAUAAACGUGCAUUUCCCGCAAGAUGAAAUUUCUCGGGCUGAAGCUUACAAUAUUGUUAAUGCUAACAAUCAAUAUGUGAAACCUACAAGUGGGGAUCCAAUCAGAGCAUUAAUUCAGGAUCAUAUUGUAAGUGCUGCUCUCCUCACAAAAAAGGAUACUUUUAUAAGUUAUGAAGAGUUCAAUCAACUUCUCUACAGUUCUGGUGUAUCUAUGGCUAAGCUAGGCUCAUUCUUUGGCAAAGAAGGGCAGAAAGUUUUCAUCUCAAAUUCCGAGAGUGAUAUGUUUUUGUUUCCUCCAGCAAUAUGGAAGCCUAAACCACUGUGGACUGGAAAACAGGUUAUCAGUGCAUUACUAUACUAUAUCACCAGAGAUUCACCACCAUUUACUGUUGAGAAGAAUGCCAAGAUACCGUCAAGUUUCUUCAAAACUCAGGUCAGGGAGGGGGCCAGAUACACUCUUGAUAACUCAAAAAAGAAGGAUGAGGAUGAGGAUAAAUUAUUGAUACAUAAAAAUGAUUUGGUACGUGGUGUGGUUGACAAGGCACAAUUUGGUGACUAUGGUAUAAUACAUACUGUGCAAGAACUUUAUGGAUCGAAUGUUGCGGGUAAUCUACUCUCAGCUUUAAGUAGGUUGUUCACCACCUUUUUACAGAUGCACGGUUUCACAUGUGGAGUAGAUGAUCUUAUGAUAACAGAAGAAAAGGAUGUUGAAAGAAUGAAUCAACUCAGAAGUUGUGAGGAAAUUGGUGACAUUGUUCAUCAGGAAUUCGUUGGAGUGAUGACUAGUGAUAAUAUAGAUCCAAUCACAAUGCAGUUGAAUAUUGAGAAAAAAAUACGUAGUAAUGGAGAAGCAGCCCUAACAUACUUGGAUAGGAAGAUGAUAAGCAAUCUUAACUCAAGAACAAGCUCAGGAACAUUAAAGGAGCUACUAUCUGAAGGAAUAUUGAAACCUUCAGGAAAAAACUGUAUUUCUCUUAUGACUACAUCUGGAGCUAAGGGUAGUAUGAGCACUGUAGAUACUGCAUAUGCCUUGAUAGAAAAAUCAAGACUUGUUGAUAAUAUAAGUAGAAGUGCGGCACAAGUGAAUUUUCAGCAGAUAUCUUCUCAUCUGGGCCAGCAAGAGUUAGAAGGCAAACGAGUACCACGCAUGGUUUCUGGAAAGACCUUGCCCUGCUUUGCUCCCUGGGAUUGUUCCCCUAGAGCAGGAGGGUUCAUUAUUGAUCGGUUUCUUACAGCCCUUCACCCACAGGAAUAUUACUUUCAUUGCAUGGCUGGUCGUGAAGGGUUAGUUGAUACUGCAGUCAAAACAUCUCGGAGUGGGUACCUGCAAAGAUGCCUAAUGAAAAACCUUGAGUGUCUUAAAGUUUGUUAUGAUCAUACUGUCCGAGAUGCUGAUGGUUCAAUUAUUCAGUUUCACUAUGGAGAAGAUGGUGUUGAUGUUCAUCAAACUAGCUUUAUCAACAAAUUUGAAGCACUGUCAACUAAUAAAGAAUUGGUUAGCAACUGUUGCCGGCAGCUAGACAGAUCCAGUCCAUAUAUUAACAAAUUGCCCUAUGCUCUCAAAGCAAAAGCAGAAAAAUUCUUUCGGGACUUCUCAAAACAGAGAAAUCUUGGUUCAUUGAAACGAGCAGAUUUCUUAAAGUUGAUUGAGCAUAAGUAUGUCUCUUGUCUUGCUCAACCAGGUGAACCAGUUGGUGUAUUAGCUUCUCAAUCUGUUGGCGAACCUGCAACGCAGAUGACGUAA